UUGGGAUGGUACUUACCUUGUACUGUCCUUUUGGGGUCUCCUUCAAAGAAACAAAACCUUCUCAUUCUCAUUCUCUCUGUUGAAUCCCAAAAACCUUAUUCUCCCAUUUCCUCUGAGUGAUUAGAUAAAUAGAGAGAGAAAGUGAUUAACUUUGUGUGUUAUUCUGGCAUCACUCUAGGAAACCAAUCAACCAUGUCUCUUGGGUAUGCUGAGAAACUUUCCUUCAUAGAAGAUGUAGGCAACGUUGGAAUGACUGAACAUUUCGACCCAUCUACCAUUUUGCGUGAAAAAAUAGAGCAACUCGCUGUUAUGAUUAAAAAGAGUAAGCAUCUAGUAGUGUUUACAGGCGCAGGAAUAUCAACUUCUUGUGGUAUACCUGAUUUUCGAGGUCCCAAGGGAAUUUGGACGCUUCAGCGUGAAGGUAAAGCCUUGCCGGAAGCAUCAUUACCAUUUCACCGUGCGGUGCCAAGCUUGACUCACAUGGCUCUCGUUGAAUUAGAAAAGGCUGGUAUUUUGAAGUUUGUUAUCAGCCAGAAUGUCGAUGGUCUCCAUCUUCGAUCUGGAAUACCAAGGGAAAAACUGUCUGAACUGCACGGGAAUUCCUUUAUGGAAACUUGCCCUUCUUGUGGAGCUGAGUACUUUCGAGAUUUUGAGGUAGAAACUAUUGGUUUAAAGGAGACAUUGCGGCGCUGUUCAAAUGCAAAAUGUGGAGCAAGACUUAAGGAUACAGUCCUUGACUGGGAGGAUGCGUUGCCUCCGAAGGAGAUGAACCCUGCAGAGAAGCACUGCAAACAGGCAGAUAUAGUGUUAUGCUUAGGGACAAGUCUGCAAAUAACUCCAGCCUGCAACUUGCCUCUUAAAGCACUUCGUGGCGGAGGUAAAGUUGUCAUUGUAAAUCUCCAGAAAACCCCAAAGGACAAAAAUGCCUCUCUAGUCAUUCAUGGGUUUUCUGAUAAGGUGAUUGCAGGUGUCAUGGAGCACCUAAAUCUGCGGAUUCCUCCUUUCAUCAGGAUUGACCUUUUCCAGAUUAUUGUAGUGCAUGCUUUGAGCAACGAUAAAAAAUAUGUGAACUGGACACUCCAAGUUGCAAGUUCGCAUGCCCAGAAAGCAGCAUUGCCUUUCAUCAAGUCUGUUGAGGUUUCCUUCUCGGACAAGGAAGGUUUCAAAGAAGCCAUUCUGGAUAAGCAUCCAUUUCGGCUUAAAAGAAGAACAGCAUAUAACAAAACAUUUGAAAUGGUUCUAAACCUCAAUUUUGGCGAUGGCUGCGGUUGCUCGUCCCUUGAAGUUGAUGUCCCGAUUGAUUUUAUGAGUUCAACUGACUGCUUCAACUUCGACAAGGAUGUCAUAUUCCAAAAGCUGAGAGACAAGGCAGUCAUCGAGUCAAAAUGCGGUCAGAAUGCCGUUAUUGAGAGAAAAACCACCUCGUCUCCUAGAAGCGACAUUACUACCUAUGCAGUUGUAACUAAUCUUGUUCAUUACAGCAAACCAGUCCCCGAUUCUCUAACCAAUGGUGAUCAUAAAAAGAGAAAAGAUCUCAUGAUCGGUACAGGCUCGUCUUGGAAGCGUUCAAAAGUUUCUAAGGGUAAAUCCAUAUCAAAGAAGGAAUGAAGUAAUAGAUAGAAAGAGGUAGGUUCUGUAAGUAUGAUACCAAACAUUAGAAAACUGACAGGAUUGACAAAAUGUAGAGACUGAGUGAAUUUUGUUAGAUGAUACACUCAGUCCUUCCCUAAAUGGUGGCCAUGAUGCUGAAAAACUUUUUUGUACAAUAACUAAUUAACUGAAUAUAUAUAUAGUGUGUAAUCUUGGUGUGGCUUUUGUAAUGUUUCUUUGGAUAGUUUGACAAAUGAUGAGUAUAAAAGGUAUUUAUUUAUUUCUUUGUAGAGGCUGUGUUUGAACUGGAUGCAUGUGUUUCCUUAUCGAUUAGCGUGGUUGGUAUGUUAUCUUUGUAGAAUUUCCAUUUGCUCUUGUAGUUGUGCUUGCAUCUGUUGUACAUUCUGGAAUCUGAGACUUUCCAAGGUAGUUGAAGUUUCAGUAACAAACAUGUUGAGGGUGUUGGUUGCACAGGUGGUGAAAAGGGUGAAGGUGGUGAUGUUUGGACAAGAGGUGAAAGGGGUGCAGGAGAUGUGAGAUAUACAUAUGGUUGUUGUUGUACAUGGGAUUCUUAAGGUGCAAGUGAUGGUUGUUGCAGAGGUGAAGAUUGAGGUACAAGUGAGGUUGGUGUGGAAGUGUUCUUAUGUUCUUCAAUGAGAAGUGCAAGAACAUCUCUGAACUUUGCUCAUUCUUAGUAAAAAUAAUCUUUCCUACUUCUAAGCACUUGAUUACAUUAGCAAUGUACUUUUUCCUUGAUUUAACCUGGAUACCCAUCCAGAGGAAGUGAUCUUAUUGAGAGUGUAAUCAAUAAAUAUCCAAAAAAAAAAUUGGGGCUGCUCUUUCCAUCCUUAUAUUCUUAUAUGUUUUUCUUCAUUACCGUGAAAAGUCACAACUAUUCCUAGCUUCCGGAGAUGUAAAAUCACAUCAACAAAGGCGUUGCAAGUGAAAUAUUCCUUUUUGCCCAAAAAUAUGUUCAGAAAUGCAUUUUCGAAUUUGGCGAUACAUCUCUAUAAAGUCUUGCAUCAUGAAAAUUUAAUACUCUGAACACUUACUUGUUUCACUCGCAA